AUGGUUAAAAAAUACCUAGUUUUCAUGGUGCAAGUGCACCUCAAUUUCAGACUUGCAGAACUGGAGUCUCUCGCGGAUUUGCAUGGGAUCAAGACCGUGGACUUCGCACAGUAUGAUAGAGACUCGCCGUUUUUCAUUGUGGAACUGGAAAAUGACGAACAGGCCAAGAAAUGGAUCUCCAGGUCGAUUUUGACCCGCGCUAUCUAUGAGUAUUGGGGCCAGGGCAAAGACUACCCUCAGUUGCAUGCCAGCAUGCAAAAUGAUUCAGAAUUUCAGCAUCGCAAACAGGAGCAUUGUAACGCGUCCUUCAAGUUCGAGUUCGAGAGUUUUGGUGGCAGCUCAUCCGGUAAGCUAGACCGCGUUGCGUGCAUCGAGUCCUUUCAAUACCUGGACUUCAAGGGCCCAAUUCGCAUGAAAAACCCACAGCAAAUUUUCACGGUUAUAGAGGAGUACGAGCCGCUCAACGACAACGAGGCCGGUGAAACGCCGUUACGUGUGUUUUUCGGUCGUGAAGUGCAGCGCAGUGACCGUUUCUGCGGCGCAUUAGAAAAAUACGACCUGAAAAAAAGACCUUACAAAGGCACCACGAGCUUUGAGGCCGAACUCUCACUCGUUAGCGCCAAUAUUGCGCAAGUCAAACCGGGCACUAUAAUGUACGACCCAUUUGCCGGUACUGGUUCGUUUUUGACCGCAGGUGGACACUACCAGGCAAUGGUGAUUGGCUCUGACAUUGAUGGACGCAUGAUAAGGGGGAAGGGCAACCAAACAAUCAAAGCCAAUUUCAAAAAAUAUAAGGAUUCGUUGCAGUUUUUGGACGUGCUGACUAUGGAUUUCACUCACAAUGCGCUCAGAAGCGAUUUACUGAUAGACACAAUAUUAUGCGAUCCACCGUACGGUAUUCGCGAAAGUAUCAAAGUUCUGGGAGCCAAGGAUCCAGAGCGUUUUGCGGGCAAGGAAAACGUCGAAAUAGAUGGGCAAAAGGCCUAUCUCAUGCGCGAUUACAUCCCCACGAAAAAACCUUACUCUCUUGAUGCGUUGUUGGACGAUUUGUUGCAUUUUGCUGCUGCAAGAUUGCCUUUGAAUGGUAGACUUGCAUUUUGGAUGCCGGUAGCCAACGAUGAAGAUAUUGAAACCAUCAUACCGUUACAUUCCAAUUUGGAACUCAAGUAUAAUUGUGUUCAGGAAUUUAACAAGUGGUCAAGACGUCUCUUGGUUUACAUCAACAGAGGCCCCAAUUUUAAUGGGCCUGCCAAUGUAGGUUUGGGGCGAUCGAAAGAAAAGUUCCGUGAUCGCUACUUUAACGGGUUUAACUAA